AUGAGAGACAUCUGGGAUGCCAAGUGGUUCCUUUUGAUUGCCUUUAGGUGCACAGCUGGGAGGUCUGACUAUCGCUUCACCCUGAAGCCUGCUGACUUGACGCCGCCGCAGAUCACGGUCGUCAGCAUGUAUGGCAUCACCGAGAACGUCAUCCGGGUCACCCUCCGCCUUGACGAGUCUGGCACGACGUACUGUCGCGCCUAUGACAGUGGGGUCUUCACUCCUGUUUCGCAGGGCGGCACGGAUGUCCCGACCCUGACCGACUGCGCGGCCUGCACCUACGAAAUAAACACCGGCUCAGGAACUAACUUCGUUGGCGGCUCCACGUACGACACCGUCAAGGGCUUUGCAGAGCAUGAGGUGGACAUCACGGGACUUGUGGCCAAGACCUUCUACUGGGUGUACUGCUACUCGCACGACGAUGAGAUCCCAACGAACAACGUGGUCACCUCCUCGCAGAUGCUGGCAACAGAGCGGAGCGUCAGGACACUGGACACCACCCCUCCGAGUUUUGGCACGUUUGCCUGCGCUGAAACUCCCGCUACGGAGGACAGCAUUACUGUUACCCUCAGUAUGAACGAAGCCGGACGUGCUUACUGCAAGGUGGUAAACAAAGGCUUCGACCCACCCACUCCAAAUGCCGUCAUUGCUGAAGGCUUUUAUAUGGAUGUCUCGACGACUUCACCUUUCACGAUCAUUGUGAACCAGAUCACGACGGGACUGGGGGCGACUGGCCUGGAGCCCCUGAACCGGAAGUGGGACUACGACGUCUACUGCUGGGCGCAGGAUGCGGAGGGCUACCCGUACUAUGGGCCGAACGGAAUGGCUGCAGCCGAGGCGUGUCCCAACAACUUUGUGACCACGUUGGACCUCACUCGCCCGAAUAUGCGGUUCAUUAUGGCCGAGUCCAUAUCUGCAAGCCAGAUCAUCAUCACGCUGCAGGUGGACGAGGGAGCGAUGGUGUGGUGCGCCGCUUGGGCGAGCGAUCCAGGUUUGACCUCGGGAAACUACGUUGCCAUGAUCAAGGGUCAGCAGAGCACUUGCCACGACAGCAAAGGCCGCCAGUGUGGCACCUUCUGGAUUUAUGAUCUUGACGACCUCGAAGACACGACAGCUGACGGUGUCUCGACCCAAGCCGAGUACGAGAGCCUGGACAACUGGAGAUUCAACCAGGACUUCGACAUUAUCGUGAGCGGCCUCACUGAAGAGACUGACUAUCCAUUCAUCUACUGCUACGCCGAAGAUGAUGAGACGGACGGAGGGAGCAGCGGGCCCGGCAGCAGCCCGAACGUCAUGAGGUGGGACGACGUCGGCACUGCCGGGCCCGACAACGUCCACACCAUCUGGGCCGGCACCGGCACUGUUCAGACCCUCGACGAGACACCGCCGGAGUUCACACAGCUCUCCAUCAAGGACCCCACUGACGACAACGACCGACUCGUGGUCACGUUCUCUCUCAACGAGGCGGGAACCGCCUACUGCCGAACGACACGGAGCGAUUCUGGCGAGACCGACCUCCAGAUCAAUCGGAUCUUGUCUGCCAACUACUACCAGAGCGUGGGCGCUGGCGCCAUCGUCGGUACGAUCACAAUCGAUAAGCUCGAGUCUUCGGACACGCAGACUCUCUACGAGGCCUCGCAGUACGACGUGUACUGUUGGGCCAUGGAUUCUGCGGUGAAUACGCAGGGUCUACCAAGGCCGAACUACAUGACACAGACUUACGUGAACACGCCGGUGGGCACGACCCUGGCCCAUGCGCUGACCUCGCCCAGUGGGGGCAAGACGCAGUACGUCUGGGUGAAAGACAAGACGCCACCGUCAAUGAUCUAUGUCUCCUCAGAGGCGCUCUCUGAGGACACGAUCCAAAUUACCCUUCAACUCAACGAGCCAGGCACAGUUUGGUGCAUGCCAACUCUGCCAGCAGUCGAUGGCACAUAUGUGGACACAGCAGACAUCGCCAGCGGAAACUUCAAGGACAAGAUCACAGGAGCCAGCAGCCCUGUAUCAUUCCUCCAGUAUGUGCCCACCGCUUACACCAACAUCGAUGUCGAGGUCGACAGAGUUGUCAGGGAUGAUGCUGCGGGAGCGGCAUAUCUGGCUGCCGAAUCGCCCUACAACAUCUUCUGUUUCGCUUCCGACGACUGGGAUUUCGAGGCGACUGGGGCGGCACAGCAGUCCAUCAACUUCCAGUCUGGAAACGUGGGCGCACCAAACGAGGUGGUCUACCAGGAUGUACUGGACUUCUCUUCUGCAGUUGGUGAAGUCAUCACCCUUGACCUGACGCCGCCGACAAUCCAGAUUAAUAGUGUGUCGACGACAGAGACGACGAUCACCGUGAACCUGGAGCUUAGCGAGACAGGGACGGCCUGGUGCCAGGCGGUCCGGCAUGGCUUCAACGUGCCGACCAUCCUGGAGAUCCUGGACAGCAACUUCACCUCGGAGUAUGUCCAUGUGAGCCCUACUACGGUGCCGGUCGACGUCGAGAUAUUGGGCUACGACCGCCCGAGGAACUGGGACCCCACCUACAUGACCCCGCUGCAGCUUGGCACCUACUACGACAUCUACUGCUAUGCCGACGAUGACCUCUGUAACGGCUGCAAAGUGACGAAUGGCGUGUCCUUCAACUACGUGAGCACAUCAGCUGUGGAGCUGAAGGUCCGCACGCUGGACCUCACACCUCCGCAGAUGAGGUUCAUUGCAGCUGAGUCUAUCGCACACGACCAGAUCAUCAUCACUCUGCAGGUGGACGAGGGUGCCAAAGUGUGGUGCGCGGCCUGGGACACGGAUCCGGCUUUGGUGGCUGCGGGCCAGGACUACGAAACGAAGAUCAAGGCCAGGGCUUCGGAUUGCGCAGACAGCUUCGGUAAUCAAUGUGGGACCUUCUGGAUCUACGACAUGGAUGACAUUGUCGAUGUGAUCAAUGCCGCAGACGGCGUCACCACACGUGCAGAGUACGAGGCCACAACUUGGAAGUACAACCGAGAUGUCGACAUCAUCGUCAGUGGCCUCACUGAAGAGACAGACUAUCCCUACAUAUACUGCUUCGCCGAGGACGACGAACUGACACCCAAUGCGAUGAUCUUCGACAACGUUGGGAUGUCCGGGCCGAGGAACGUGUACACUAUGUGGACUGAGAUUGGCACUAUUCAGACACUUGACGAGACGCCGCCAAGCUUCACGAAGUUGGCCAUCACAGAUCCAACCGCAACGAACGACGAGAUCGUGGUCACCUUCGCACUCAAUGAGGCGGGCACAGCCUACUGCCGCGUCACACUCUCGAACUCAGGAGAGACGACGCUGCGAAUCAACCAGAUUCUGUCGGCCAACUUUGCAGCUGUCGUGGCAGGCCCCAACAUCGACAAUGACAUCACCAUUGAUAAGAUUGAGGCGAGCGACACGCAAGGCCUGUACGAAGGCAACCAGUACGACGUGUACUGCUGGGCGAAGGACAGCGCGGUCGACACGUACGGGCAUCCGCGCCCCAACUACAUGACACAGAGCUAUGUGGACACCGACGUGGGAGCCAACUUCAUGACCGCACCAGCCGGAGGACGCACACGCUACGUCUGGCUCAAGGACACCACACCGCCCACGCUUAUUUACGUGACCUCCGAGGCCAUCACAGACAGCAAGCUCCAGAUCACGCUUCAGCUGGACGAGCCCGGAACUGUAUGGUGCCAGCCGGUUCUGCCUACAGCCGAUGCCAAUCUGGACGUUCUGGAUGUGGACGCUGGAAACUACAUUACGAAGAUCAGGGGGGCGAAUACGCCUUUCAUGCAGUACGUCCACCAGCCCUAUCGGAACGUGGAUGUAGAGGUGGACUAUGUCGACGACGAUGCUGGAACCGCUUCCUCCUUGCUCCUGAGCGAGUCGCCAUACAACGUCUUCUGCUUUGCGGAAGACGACUGGAAAUUGGAAACUCAGAACUCAGUUGAUAAAUCUCCAAACUGGUUGCUGGCGAACGCUGCGACGCCCAACAUGACUGUGGGAAAUGGCAACGAGGUGUCAUUCCAGGCUGUCGACGACUUCAUGACUGCUGUGGGACAGAUUCUGACGCUCGACCUGACGCCGCCGACCAUCAAUCCGAUCAGCCUCACGAGCGACGAGACGAACAUCAACGUGACUGUGAGUUUGAGCGAAACGGGCACCGUCUGGUGUCAGGCCGUGCGCAAGGACUUCAACCCACCCACCAUCCUGGAGAUCCUGGACACGAACUACUACACUCUGCUUCGGCGCGUGGCCGACUGCUGCGAUGGUGCUGCCGCCAUGAAGAAGACGAGGCCUUUGCGCGUGGCCGGCGAGGCUUUGGGUGCCGUGCUGCCGGCAGCGGCCACCGAGCUGAGUCGUUUCCCUGAGGUCUUCAGCGUCACGGAAGAGGCUGUGGAUGUCGUGGCAGGUGACUCCGUGCCGUCGCGUUCCAAGGCGGUGGCCCAAGUGCUGCAGCGACUCCGUGAGGAGGACACGGUUCCCAUGUUGCGAGGCUGGAGGAACGAAGAAUGGCCUGUGAAGUCCUCUUUCCAUGCGGCCCCAGCGUUGGUGGUGGAGAGAGCCGCUGGGCCUCUUCUGGGUGUGCGAGGCUUCGGGUGCCACGUCAAUGGCAUUGUGGAAUCAGCAAAGGGCCCAUUGCUCUGGGUUGCCACACGGUCACGGACAAAGCCGACAUAUCCGGGCCGUCUGGACCAUGUCGUAGCAGGAGGACUGUCGCACGGCGAGCUGCCUGGUGACAACGUGAGAAGCACUCAGUUGGCUCCGGUCCAGGUGUGUAGGCCUUGCGAGAACGACGGUCCAGCUUUGGACAGAGAUCUGACCCGAGGAUCCGGGAGUGCUUCGAGGAGGCGCGCGUGCCAAAGGAGCUCGCGCAAACCGCGCAGCCGACUGGAGUCGUCUCUUAUUGUCAAGUUGAUGAGACAGGAUGGGGCGUCAAAAGAGAUGUGA